UUCGAAGCCAAAAGAAGUAACUUCUAGACUUGAAUAGACCAAGACAGACUAAUGCAACUUCUCCCAAUAAGUUAAAUUACAUGAUUUUACGAAAUCGAAUGAUAUCACUGGAGUCACGAAUACUUGGCAACGUGGAAUAUACGACUCAUCCGGCGUGUUCAGGGUGAAUGUCCAGCUCCACCGCCGAUGCGGGGCCGCCUCCAGAAGGGCGUAGAUCUGAAUGUCCUCUCCCGUUUAUGAGGAGGUAUAAGACGCCUCGAGAUGAGACAUUAUUCCAGUUUAUGAACAUACAGAGCGAAAAUCCAAUACAAGAAUAUCCCUUUCAUAACAACCCUGCAAACAUUCACAAUGGCGUCAACUGAAGCCCUCCCUCCCGUCACAUCCCCAUCUCUUAUACUUACAAACCCCACCUCCUCUGAACGAGAGCUCAUAUGGAAGGGCACUCAUCCCCAUUGGGGAGCCGCCUUGUCCAUGGAUGACUAUAUCGCCAGAGAAUACGAUAACCUGGAGGCUCCUCUGGCUCGAGAUGGCGGGGUAACAAGUUGGAUCCUCACCGAUGGAGAUAAAAAGCCUGGCGAAAGACCCCUCCUUUCAUCUUGUGAGACCUACAACAAAAGAGCCUUUGUUCGAACCAAGGAUGGAAAAGCAAGAGAUGGAACUGCUCACGGAGUGGCCAGUGUCUUCACUUUUCCUGAGUAUCGAGGAAAGGGAUAUGCCAGAAAGAUGCUGUCCUUGAUUGCGGAUGAGCUGAAGAGGAGACAGCAUAAGAAUGAAGGCGCUGCUGAUUUCUCGGUCCUUUGGUCAGAUGUCGGACCCAAGUUCUACCAGACUGUGGGCUGGGAACCUUUCAAGAGCACAUAUCUCGAGUUUCCCGUUACUGAGACUGAGCCAAUUACCGAUUCAUCCCUGAAGCCUAUCACUCUCGAUGACAUUCCAGACCUGGCAGCUCGAGAUGAGCAACUUCUUCGAGACAGGAUCUCAAAAUCCUCUCAAGUCAGCGCUGCAGUAGUUCCUGAUAUCACCACUAUCAAAUGGCAUAUUCACCGGGAGAACUUUAUGUGCAAACACAUCUUCUCCCGCAUACCAACUGUCCACGGUGCCGUAUACACUCCACCUGAUGCCCCCAACUCAAGGAUCUGGGCUCUCUGGACUUGCAGCUUCUACGGCAUGCUUGACCAACCCGAGAAGAAUGUCGUUCGUGUCAUGCGCCUAGUCAUCGAAGAUGAGAGCAUCUCAGAUGAGACACUUGUCAAAGGCACACAAGCCAUUGCAAGUUUCGUCCAGAAGGAGGCCAAGGAAUGGAAAUGUUCCAAGGUUGAAGUUUGGAACCCCGAGGAUCGUGUACGAAGGGUCACAGAAGGCAUCCAAUCCCUGGGGGCCAAAUUCAUCGUCCGAGAAAACAACAACAUUGCUAGUCUAAACUGGUUCAAUGGUUCUGAUCAGGAAGUUGACUGGAUUGCUAACGAAAGAUUUGCUUGGUGUUAAAUACUGAUACAUCCCGGCUCGAACAGCACAAAAACAAGUAGUAGCUCGAUAGAAAGCCGUAUUUAGACCAACGAGAUGUUGAUAAAUAUCAUCGCUACGAUCUAUCUUCUUUUCUAACUGUUUUGAUUCCGUGACCAGCCCCAUCCCAUUUUCAUGAUAUAAUCACAUUCACAUCAAGUCAUAAACAAUCGCACUGGUGUAUCAUAAACAUGCCAGGUCAACGCCUUCCCGCUCCCUGACUAUAAAAUUUCAUUCAACUCCUUAAUAGCUUCGUCCGAACAUGGUCCACUUGUCGGCGUUACCCUGGCACUCAGGGCUGAGGCACUUGGUCUCACCGGGGACAAUACCCUCGGGCUGCUCGAAGGGAACACAAAGACUCUUCAUGCCCAUAGUGGCAAGCUUCUGGUUCUCGGGCACAUCAGGCUGGUCCUCACGAGUGGUGAGCUCCUUGAUGCGGUCCUCACACUUGGGGGCACCGCAGAAGGGGAUGAGCACAACGUUCUUGUUGUCAAGAGCGGGAAGAACAUCCUCCCACUUGGUGAUAGUGAGGCGGUGCUCUCGGAAAGACUUCUCGGCCUUGCUGUACAUGUCGGCCUGGAUGGUCUCGAGAAGCUCGGGGAUCUUGGUAGCGACAUCGGUGAUGGCAAUUUCUCCCUUCUCACCGGUGUUACGUCGCGCAGUGCUGACAACGCCCUUGGCAGCAUCCUUGGGACCAAACUCGAUACGUAGAGGAACACCCUUGAGCUCCCAGUCGUUGAACUUCCAGGCAGGAGUGUAACCCUCUCGCCAAUCCGAGGUGACACGAACACCAGCCUUCUUAAGGUUGGCUCGGAUGUCCUCAACCUGCUCCUCGUGCUUCUGUCGCUCCUCAGGGGUAGUCUUCUUGGUGAUGCCAACAGGGACGAUGACAACCUGAGUCUUGGCAACGCGAGGAGGAAGAACCAGACCCUUAUCGUCACCGUGAAUCAUGACCAUGACACCAAUGACACGGGUUGAGAGACCCCAAGAGUUCUGCCAGACGUGGAUGUGAGAGCCCUUGUUGGCAGGGUCCUCAACAGUGAUGUCGAACAUCUUACUGAAGUUCUGGCCAAGGGCGUGAGAGGUAGCGCCCUGGAUACCACGGCCGUUGGAAGGGAUGUAGCCCUCGACAGUGGUGGUGUAAUAACCACCGGCGAACUUCUCAUUCUCGGUCUUUCGGCCUCGAACGACGGGAACAGCCAGAAGCUUCUCGUAAACACCAGCGUAAAGCUCGAGAAUCUCGAGCACCUCAGCGCCAGCAAGCUCCUCAGUCAAGUGAGCAGUGUGGCCCUCCUGCCAGAGGAACUCACGAGUUCGGAGGAAAGGAGUUGUUUGCUUAGCCUCCCAACGAACGACGGAGUUCCAUUGGUUGAGGCGGAAGGGGAGAUCUCGGUGGCUGCGAAUCCACUUGGCAUAGUAGGGGUACAUGACGGCUUCGGAGGUAGGACGGACCGCAACAGGAACCUCAAGGUCCUUGUCACCACUGGAGGAUUGUCAAUUAAAGUUCAUGAAAGCGGGAUGGUUUAUAUGGGCAUCCUUACGCCUUGGUGACCCAAGCAAGCUCAGGGGCGAAGCCCUCGACGUGAUCCUUCUCCUUCUCGAGAGAUUUGGAAGACAGGAACAUAGGGAAGUUGGUCUCGUCAACACCCAUCUCCUCGAUGUGAGCCUGGAACCAUUUUCGGAUCUCGUUCCAGAUGUGCAUGGCAAGAGGUCGGAGAACGAAGAAACCCGAAAUCUCGGUGUAGUACUCGACCAUCUCGGCCUUGAGUACCACCUCCUGGUACCAUUGGGGGAAGUUCUCGGCCUUGGACACUGUAAUUCCAAUGAUCUCGUCCGCCUUCUUUCCACCGACGACAGGAAGGUUGGUCUGCUUAGCAGCCUUGGCAGCCUUCUCAGCAGCAAGACGAGCCUGCUUCUCGGCCUUCUUCAAGGCGCUCUUGGACUGUUCGGCGGCGCCCUCCAUUUUGGUGAGAUUCGUGUGUUAGUCGAAAGGUAAUUGACAGAAAAGUAAUAGAGGAUGAU